CUUAGAGCUAUAUUAUCUCUUAGUAGAACUUUUGUACCGUGGUCCCGAAACUCGGAGAUAGGCCAGUAGUCAUGGUAGAGCAGGGGAGAAUAGCUGAAGCGGCUUUCAACGACGUCGACGGGUCGAUCGACAGAAUCACUACAACCAUGGUAAUUUCUUACUAUAAUCCGAAUCCUUGUAGAUGUAUAGCUGAAGAACGAUGGCAAACUGAUUAUAACUUUAUAUAUUUACGUGGUGGAGAUUUAAGACCCCAAACCAUAAAAAAAUUUCGGCACACAGGGUUUUUCGGCACGCAGGGAUAGACGUUACACUAAAUACAUCCGAUGACCAGCACACAAUGGUACACCGAAAAUGAUAUAUCUUGGGCCCGUCAACUUCGAGAUCGUUAUAAGGAGCGGGUGAUCCUCGAGUGAGGACUCCAUUAUCAUCAUCAAAAAUGCGUUUCUCAACAGGGCUCUUGGUCGUAGGCAUCGCCAUGACUGCCGAUGCGCAGACACAAUAUACCUCAACUGGCGUAGCAGCUGUUGCGGCUGCCGCCGCGACCGCAAAAACGUUGAGCCCAGUAAGCUCUAUUAGAGGGAAUCAGUUUGAUAGAUUUAUCAAUAUCUGGUUGGAGAACACGGAUAUCGACAUGGCGGCCGGCGACCCUUCUUUACAAUGGGUUGCAAAGCAAGGUAUUACUCUUAACAAUUAUAAUGCUAUUACCCAUCCAAGUCAGCCAAAUUAUGUUGCAUCUGUGGGUGGUGAUACUCAUUGGGUUUGGGAAGAUUGGAUGUUUAGAAUUGAUUCCGAUGUCCGGACUAUUGUUGAUUUACUGGAAGAUGGGGGCGUGAGUUGGGGUUUGUAUCAAGAGGAUAUGCCAUAUUCGGGAUUUGAAGGAAAUUGGGUGAACCAUAAGACAGGAGCAAAUGAUUAUGUUCGGAAACAUAAUCCUCUGAUGAGUUACGAUUCUGUCACAUCAAAUGAAGAUCGUCUAGCCAAGAGUAAGAAUUUUACAAUGUUCUAUAGAGAUUUGGAGGCAGACACUCUGCCUCAAUGGAUGUUCAUCACUCCGAACAUGACAAAUGAUGGACAUGACUCAUCUGUCACGGUCGCAGGAGCAUGGACAAAGCGUUUCCUCGAACCGCUUCUCUCAAAUCCGACGUUCAUGCAGAAUACUCUCAUCAUGCUGACUUUCGACGAGACCGAAUGUUACAUAUGUAGGAACAGAGUGUUUUCUGUUCUUCUCGGUGAUGUUAUUCCUUCGUCGCUUCGGGGAACCAUGAAUGAUACAUCGUUCAAUCAUUAUAGUAUCAUGUCGACUGUCGAGCAUAAUUGGGAUCUCGGGAAUUUGGGUCUAAAUGAUGAGAAGGCGCCUAUAAUGUUUAAUAAAUAG